GCAACCGUUUCGCAUUAGUUCCAAUUCGGAGUUCGCAGACAGCGGUCGUUAGAACGCAUUGUGAGAUUCUUACUCUUGAGAGUGUACGGUUGAUUAACAGUGAUUUCUUACAUACUUACAUACGUAAAACUUUCAUAAAAACUAUUUUUUUGAGUGGUAAAAAUUUGACAAGAAUUUCGUAAAGAACUAAAUCCUACACAUGGCUCAGAGCAUACAUCCAUACGCCACCAUUCAAGCUGAAUUGCAGGCCGAGCAGAAUGUCCCGACCGCGCCACCACCGGCGUAUAUGCAAACAGAGAGUUUGAUCACAGCACAGCCGUCAACUGGCGGUGGACCAUCGGUUAGUAAUAUGCAGAUGCCGAAUUUCGUCACAACCUAUGCCAAUCCGAAUCCGCCGGUUGGUCCGAAAUCGACUCAAAUGCGUUGUCCACAAUGUAAAUGCCUGAUAAAGUCAGAGGUUCGGCAUCGUUCCACUUGGAAAACGCAUAUAGCAUGUUUAUUUCUGUGCUGUACAGGUUGUUGCUGCUUGCCCUACUGUAUGGACACGUGCCGAAAUGCUAAUCAUUUUUGCCCCAUGUGUGGCGCCUUUCUCGGUACUUAUGCAUCUUAGGCACUAUAGCUCAAGACCCAAAUGCUGAAUAUAAGAUAAAAGUGAAGAAGGAAUGCUGAAUAAUUAAUAUUUUCAUUCUUUUUUUUCAAAUAAACUACAUAUUUACUUGUACAAGCAUAUAUUCGUAUAUAUGCAUAUUCGUGCAUACAAAUAAAUUUAUCAACAAGCAAAA